AUGUCUUCAGUUGGGCGAGCGAAACUUGUUCAAUAUCAGAGCUUUGGAUAUUUGAAGCAGCAUAAUGUUGAUACAUUUGCUGUUAGUUUGAGGUGCAAAAUAAAGGAUGAAUGUGUUUUAUUUGAUCACGAUGAUAUUCACGAGCUCGGAACAACAGUCGAUAAUGUCAUUGGAGUCACAUUUUUCAAUGAACGAAUAGAUCUGUUAACUGUUGAAGAGGUAAGGCGACUAUUAUAGGUUACUUUGCUUUCUUAAGGACUUCGGGAAUGCUAAUUAUCUUGGACUUGCUGCAGUGGCUGUAGCUGUUUAUUGCGACCCAGACGAAGCUUUUUUGAAGUUGCUCAGACGUUUUGUAUAUCUACAGUCAUACACGCCUUAUAUUAUAAUUCUAUUGCCAUCGUGUAUACAUGAUGUUGCUGGAUGUAGCACUUCUUCAAUCUGGGAUUCGUGGAGGUUAAUACGAAAGGAGUUAUUCAAUGCUUGCUACGACAAAUUGGGUGUUGGAUUGCUUUGUUCUGGACGCUUUGAUUCUGACUUCAUUGACGAGUCUUUGUUGGAGAGAUGGAAAGGGGAACCCGUAAGUCAUAUCUGGUUUAUUUCUACGUGUUUAGUUGAAACUCGUUGCCAAUACUGUUCUGGAAGAUGGCAGUAAAUUCGAACACCUUUUGAACGUUUUGAGGCUGUACAUAUCGCCCGAAUGUGAAUAUGUCGUGCCUUAUAUCAACCAAAAUGGUAACGAAUUAGUCGAUAUUACCAAACUUCAACAACUGGCCCAACUUUUUGUUCAAAAUAGUCGCAAGAUACCUGUUAUAAACAACGCUUACUUUGAAGACUUUCCACAACGACCUUUGAAACCGACAGAAGAUGAUCUGUCGGCUUCGGUUUACUCUACUUUUGAAACUAUUACUUCAAAGUACAGACUAUAUGAAAGUGCUGUGAUUGAAGCUAUAAUGGAUUGGCAACAACAUGACAAGAACAGAAACAAGAAAUUUGUGGUUCUACUGGUCGGAGCUGGGAGAGGUGGAUUGAUAGAAAGCAUUCUGAAGGCGUUACAGAAAACAAAGCAACAGAGAGUUACUGUUCUUGCUGUGGAGAAGAACAAGUUUGCAUAUCAGACGCUACAGAAGAAGAAUAUCAACAGGUAAAUUAUAGCGUCGAGUAUUUUUAUAUUUUAGGUGGAACAAUCUGGUCAAACUGAUCAACACUGAUCUCCGUGAUCAUACUCAAAUCAAGGCUGCUCUGAACGCACGAUCUCCGAAUAUGGUUGUAUCAGAACUGCUGGGCUCUUUUGCUUGUAAUGAAGUUGGCCCAGAUUUGAUUACCACGUUAUAUCCAUUAGUCAAUGAAGAUACUGUAUUUAUUCCACAAGGUUACUGUAACUACGUAGCACCGUGUUUCAGCUUCAGAAUCAACGGGAUUAUAAACGGCGGAAGACCCGACUACUAUUUGAGGUUGUCCAACUGUUGUGGCAAAAACGGAAUUCAUGGUAUUGAGAGCCAGGAGUACUGUAACUUGGAUCAGUUAUAUGUUUCGUCGCUGAACAGUUGCUACAUCGCUGACAUCCCAAAGCAGAUUCACUGUUAUCGACACACGAAAGGAGUCAAUAUUGAUUUAGAUUGGAAGAAGAAGGUGGAGUAUGACAUUGAAGUGGACUGUGAGGUAAGUAUAAUAUAAGAAUAAUAUGGGUUUAAAAGAUUUAAAUGCAGUCUUAGAUAUAUAAUGACAUGAGUUUUUACAGUUAUUGUUACGACUACUAUAAUUUUGUUUAGAUCAACGCGAUUGCUGGCUUCUUCACGGCUGAAAUCGGAUCCGAAACGCUGACAACCCUACCAAAAGACAAGCGAGACUUUACUGACACAAAAAAGUCAUGGUUUCCAGCCUAUUUCCCGCUGAGGAGCCCUAUAUACUGCCCAGCGGGUACUAAACUUGAAGUUGAGAUAACAAGGAAGACUAAUGAAAAGGGAAUGUGGUAUGAGUGGAGUACGAUUACGGUAAGUUUAUGACUGUGUCGUAACAAGAAAAUUUUUAAAAUGGUACAGUAGGGCUUUGGGAUACUGUUUAAUUUUAAAGGACCAGUCGGGGUAAAUCUUUUGUACUGUUUUUCUGCAACAAAUCAGGCAAUCAGGGAUUUGGCAAAUCGUUCAAAAAAUUAUUUUUUCGUUUUUAUUUUUCGAAGAACUUUUUGUUGUUAUCGGUCGUUUAUUGUCGAAUCUUUUAGUGA